AGCGACUAUCCCAUAAGUCCGUUCGACAUCCUCCUUUCGAAGAGAAGGUCGCAUUUACAAAAUCAAGCGGACGAGGAAGCGUUGAAAAUUUAACAAAUUAAAGCCAUUAUGCUUGGCCAGGCUGUUCGACGAUUUACCACUUCAGCCAUCCGUGGGUCUCACUAUGCAGAAGGACCAGGAAAGAACCUGCCCUUCUCCGUGGAGAACAAAUGGAGGCUGCUGGGCAUGAUGGUGCUGUUCUUCGGCAGCGGGUUCACCUUCCCCUUCAUCGUGGUCAGACACCAGCUCCUGAAGAAGUGAUGCAUCAGCUCCUUUUGUGAUUUAACCAGGUCUGCUGUAUGUCUGAAUAUAUUUAAUCUAGUUCCUUCCUAACGAAGAAUGGGGAUUCCUUCAUCGUCUUUGUAAAUAAAAUGAAUACAAAUGCCUUAA